CUUUGUCGGGUACGGAAAUUUAGGCUGUGUGUGCUGGUGACACAAGUUCAGAAAACAAAGAUCCACCCACUCAUUGUGUGUUAUAUAGUCCAGCUGGAUGAAAUUGGAAGCUCUCUGUGGAUUUCUUUUCACAUCAUGAUGUGGACAUCAGCCUCCCGUCUGACUGAGGAGUUUAGCACUGGAUUCUCUCAAACUUUGAUUAACCAGGAGAGCACAGUAGAAGAAAGGGAUGUUCAGCAGACUCCAGACAUGUGCUGAUCCUCCGCUCUUUGCUUAGCGGUGACGUAGAGCUGGCCUGGAUAUCAGGAAAUCCCCUUAUGGAACAUUGUAUGUGGGAUUUGUGAAGGAUCAGUUUGUAUUUGGCAGAUUGAGGUUUAUUAGGGGUCAGGGGCUAAGCGGGGACAGUACUGGUGAUGGAGAUCACUCAGCUCCAGAGUCCCCAGCCCAAUCAGGAAUGAGCCAUACCCUAAAGCCCUCUUGGAGAUUUCAGGACAGGGGUACGGCUGACUGGUUUGGGGUGAGUAAAGACAGCGACAGCACCCAGCGAUGGAGGAGGAAGAGCCUGCAGCACUGCAGUCAUCUGUACGGGGGUCUGAAGACGCAGGUGAUGAGGGAGAUGGAGCUUCACAGCCAAGACAAUCUCUCCCUUGCCAGCACUGAGACCCCUCCUCCCCUCUACCUCCCACCCCUCCACCCCAGUCAUCACCACUAUGGCAUGCAGAGGAUCGUAGACCCCCUGGCUCGGGGUCGUGCCUUCCGCAAUGUGGAAGAAGUAGACGGCUUGAGCGCCCUGCAAACUCCCAUGACGCCCGGCACAGCUUCCCUCUGCUCAUUUUCCAGCUCCCGCUCUGCCCUCAAUCGUCUCCCACGACGACGCAAGCGAGAAUCUGUCGCCGUCAUGAGUCUCAAGGCGGCGGCGGCGCUAAUGAAGGGCCGGACGUUAGGCGAGAGCACCGCUGGGCGGCGGCGCAGACGGAGUUUCAUGCCUCCUAGUUUCUUCGAAGAUGACACUGCGGAUUUCCCCGAUGACCUAGAUACUUCUUUCUUCACCAGAGAAGGCCUGCAGGAUGAGUUGUCCAGCUAUGCUGACGAGGUUUUUGAGACUCCGUCGGAGGCUGCCCUCAAACAGCUAGAUGAGAGCGAGCUCACGGGAAGCGCUCUGGAUAGGAACGAACUAGAGAGGAGUCAUCUCAUGAUGCCUUUAGAGCGAGGGUGGCGGAAGGCAAAAUCCGGCUCUGCGGUCCAACCCAAAGUCCGCCUGAAACAGGAGGUGGUGAGCGUCAACAGCCAUCAGCAGCGAGGGCAAAGAAUCGUGGUUCCGGUUAAGAAGCUUUUUGCCAGAGAGAAGAGGCCAUACGGGCUGGGCAUAGUCGGACGUCUCACUAACCGGUCGUAUCGCAAACGCAUAGACAGCUACGUCAAGCGGCAGAUUGAAGACAUGGAUGAUCACAGGCCUUUUUUUACCUACUGGAUCACCUGCGUCCACCUGCUCAUUACCAUUCUGGCUGUCACCAUUUACGGUAUUGCCCCUAUCGGCUUCUCGCAACACGAAACUGUCGACUCGGUGCUGAGGAACAAGGGGGUUUACGAAAACGUGAAGUUUGUGCAACAGCAAAACUUCUGGGUGGGUCCGAGCUCUGAAGCGCUGAUUCACCUGGGAGCCAAGUUUUCCCCGUGCAUGCGUCAGGAUGAAGAGAUCCACAAGCUGAUCCAGGAGAAGCGAGCACUAGAGAGAGAAUCGGGCUGCUGUGUGAGGAAUGAUCGCUCCGGCUGCCUGCAGACUCUACAGGAGGAGUGUUCGAGCACACUGGCAGUGUGGGUGAAGUGGCCUCAGCACCCCAGUGCUCCUUCUUUGAACAGUGAACUCCGGCAACAUGGUGCCGUUUGCCAUCAGGACCCCAGAAUCUGUCUGGAGCCAGCCUCUGUUUCACCGCAUGAGUGGCCGGAUGACAUCACUUCUUGGCCUGUUUGCACAAGGUUCAACUCUGGGAAUCACACUAACCUCCCCCACAUUGAUUGCACCAUCACAGGCCGGCCCUGCUGCAUCGGAACCAAAGGACGGUGUGAAAUAACUUCUAGAGAGUACUGUGAUUUUAUGCAUGGCUACUUCCAUGAGGAGGCUACGCUCUGCUCACAGGUGGCCUGCAUGGACGAUGUCUGCGGUUUGCUGCCUUUCCUCAACCCAGAGGUCCCUGAUCAGUUCUCUCGGCUCUGGUUGUCCCUGUUUCUUCAUGCUGGAAUUCUGCACUGCUUGGUUUCGGUGUUGUUCCAGAUGACGGUGCUGAGGGAUAUAGAGAAGUUGGCUGGCUGGCUCAGAAUCUCUAUUAUCUACAUGCUCAGUGGCAUCACUGGCAACCUGGCCUCUGCCAUCUUCCUGCCCUAUAGAGCAGAGGUGGGUCCUGCUGGCAGCCAGUUCGGCAUCCUGGCUUGUCUUUUUGUGGAGCUGUUUCAGAGCUGGCAGAUCCUCGAGCGACCGUGGCGAGCGUUUGCUAAGCUGUUGGCCAUCUCUGUGUUCUUCUUCUCUUUCGGUUUGCUUCCCUGGAUCGACAACUUUGCCCACAUCUGUGGUUUCAUUUCCGGUUUCUUCCUGUCCUUCGCCUUCCUCCCAUACAUCAGCUUCGGCCGUUCCGAUAUGUACCGAAAGCGAGUCCAAAUCUGCGUCUUCCUGCUGAUCUUCCUGGGUCUGUUCUCCGCUCUGGCCGUUCUCUUCUACAUCUACCCCGUGAAGUGCGACUGGUGCGAGUACCUCACCUGCAUCCCCAUCACAGACAAGUUCUGCGAGAAGUACGACCUAAACGCACACCUCCUCUGACUGUUAGUCCUUGGAGUCCAAGCUGAUGUCCACUGAUAAGAUUAGGAUGUGUGAAAUGGUGCUUGGCAGCACUUACGACUGAUAAAACCAUCAGUAUUUCUAGAUUUUGUACGGACUGGUGAAUUCCAGAUGUAUUUUUUCAAUAUACAAAACAACAUGCAUGAAAGCCUUCAAUAUGCAUGAAAACAAGGAGAACAAUGGACUAAUAACUGAUCUGUGUGUGACUGAUCUUGUCCUGGGCUAAUCAAUGUCCACUUGCACUGGCCAGUAACAGUACACCUUAGUGGCCACAUGGAAGUUUUAUUUGGUACUUUUUACCCAGCAGUCACAGCUUCCUGGACGCUCUGCCGUGAACUCUAAGGACACAAGGCUCUAAAUUCAUCAGCGUGCCUUACUGAUACAGCACAGCCUCUGACUUUAAUGUCUGUGGAAACUGCUUUCAGACACAAAUCAUGUCAAAUAUGUUUUUUACUUCAGUAUUUGGAGGCUGGAAUGCCAUUUUGUUUAUUUGUUUACCACUCUGGAAACCACAGCCUUUAAAGCACUCCAGUCACAAAUGGAUGUUCUGUUUUUUUAAUAUUCACCUCUUUUUUUUAUAUA